AUGUUACCAUACAUCGAUGCUCCUUUCGAAUAUGCCGCAGGCAUCUUGGGAGCCUCGACUGAUGAACUAAAACUCAUCACUUCCUUCCUCCUAUCAUAUCCAUUCGCAGGGCUCUUGAAACGAGUUCCAGAUUCGAGACCUGAUUUGAAGAAUUUCUUCGUCAUUGGGGUUUCCUCGUUUUACCUCCUUGGGCUUUUCGAUUUAUGGGGUGGUACAAGAACACUGGCUAUUAGUUCUAUCGGGGCAUACUGUAUCGCAAAAUAUGUGCAAGGUCCUUUCAUGCCAUGGGUUGGCUUCGUGUUUUUGAUGGCACAUAUGUCAGUGAACCAGCUGGCUCGACAAUUUGCUAAUAACCCAGGAGUGGUGGAUAUUACGGGGGCUCAAAUGGUGAUGGUUAUGAAACUAUCGGCAUUCUGUUGGAAUGUUGCAGAUGGCCGAAUGAAAGACGAAGAAUUGACAGAAGAUCAAAAGGAACGGGCCAUCAAACAACUACCAAGCUUGCUGGAUUACGCUGGAUACGUCCUCUUCUUUCCAUCGCUCUUCGCAGGUCCGGCUUUUGAUUAUGUGGACUAUAAGCAGUGGAUUGAAACCACAAUGUUCGAAGUGCCUGCUGGUGUUGAUCCCUCAAAGAAACCUCCAACUCGAAAGUUGCGAAAAAUUCCAAGGAGCGGUACCCCCGCGAUGUGGAAAGCUGCUUCUGGUUUGGGUUGGAUCUUACUUUUCUUGAAGCUAUCUGCGUGGUAUUGGCCUGAUCUUUUGACUGGUGAUGAAUACAUAACUUAUGGUUUUGCUCGCCGUGUCUUUGUUCUUCAUAUGGUCGGUAUGACUGCUAGAUUGAAGUAUUACGGUGUAUGGGCAUUGACCGAGGGUGCAUGUAUCCUCUCAGGUCUUGGUUAUAAAGGUAUUGAUCCAGUUACUGGCAAAGUCUCUUGGGACAGGCUUUGCAACGUUGACCCAUGGGGAGUGGAAACGGCCCAAAAUACUCGCGCAUAUCUGGGAAACUGGAACAUAAACACGAAUAAUUGGCUUCGAAACUAUAUUUACCUACGAGUUACUCCAAAGGGCAAGAAGCCUGGUUUCAGAGCUAGCAUGGCAACUUUCGUAACCAGUGCUUUCUGGCACGGAUUCUUCCCUGGCUAUUACCUUGCCUUUAUCUUGGCCAGUUUUAUUCAAACCAUCGCAAAGAACUUCCGCCGUUGUUUCCGUCCCUUUUUCAUCGACCCCAAAACAUCUCAACCCACAUCACACAAACUCUACUACGAUGUCUUCUCGUGGCUAGCAACUCAACUUGCAUUCUCAUUCACGGUCGCUCCCUUUAUACUUCUUACUCUCCCCGCUUCAUUCCUCGUCUGGUCACGCGUCUAUUUCUACGCUAUCAUCGGCACUGCCCUUUCAACCGCUUUCUUCGCUUCGCCUGCUAAAUCGCAUUUGAUGAAGAUGGUAAGCGAGCGAACUAGCAAGGCUGAUAAGGGAUUGAAACGUUCAGCCAGUAUGGAGAGUCUAGGAGGCAAGGAACCGGUUCUUGGGUUGCCGGCUGAUCCCUCAAAAGAUCUUGACGAGGCAAUUGAAGAAGCAAAGGCGGAGCUUCAGGCGAGGAAGAGAAAGGGAAAAAAGGUAGAAUUGAAGUAA